AUGUCUCUAUUACGUCAGCAGGGUUACCUUGUACAGUGCAGCAGCUGAAGCUAAGCCCCAGUUCUGCGAUAACGAGGAACCCGAGCAGCGAAAUCGGUCCAAUCCCCGGGAAAAUCACGCAAGCUGCCAAAAUCUCUCGUCCGUUUCGCCCGCGCCGCCCGAAAGGCGGCAGCUGACGCUCCAAAGCCACCACCAGCCGGCGGCCCCCGCUACAAAAACAGGGGGGCUUGCUGCGCGAGUAGCUGCUGAGCCAGCUUCGAGGAGCGAGGGAGAGAGGAUAGCCAUGUCGGCGGCGGUGGAGGGGGUGAGGCACCGGACGGUGGAGGCGAACGGGGUGCGGCUGCACGUGGCGGAGGCGGGGCCCGAGGCCGGCGCCGCGGUGCUGCUCGUGCACGGCUUCCCGGACCUCUGGUACGGGUGGCGCCACCAGAUGGCCGCUCUGGCGGCGCGAGGCUACCGCGCCGUGGCGCCCGACCUCCGAGGCUACGGCGACUCCGGCGCGCCGCCCGACGCGUCCAGCUACACCACCUUCCACGUCGUUGGGGACCUCGUCGCCCUCAUCGCCGACCUCGGCCAGCCCCAGGUGUUCGUGGUGGGGCACGACUGGGGCGCGAUCGUGGCGUGGCAGCUGUGCCUGCUCCGGCCGGACCUGGUGCGGGCGCUCGUAAACCUCAGCGUGGUGUACCACCCGCGGCGGCCCGAGAGGAGCCCGCUCCAGACCAUCAGAGCCGCGUGCGGCGACGACCACUACGUGUGCCGCUUCCAGGAACCUGGACUGGCUGAAGCUGAGUUCGCUAGAUAUGACAUGAAGUAUCAGUUUAAGAAAAUUUUUGGAAUGCGCGAGCCAACUCCUCUGAUUCUAUCCAAGGACACGUACUUCUUUGAAUCUCUUGACUCAGACGGCUCUUGCCCUGCAUGGCUGUCAGAGGAAGAUAUUUCCUACUAUGCGGACAAAUUUGAGAAGACAGGUUUCACAGGAGGAUUUAACUACUACAGAUGCAUGGACCUGAACUGGGAGCUCUCUGCACCAUGGACUGGAGCUCCAAUAAAAGUUCCGACGAAAUUCAUAGUUGGGGAUCUGGAUCUUUUAUACAACACACCGGGGGAACAAGACUACAUCCACAAGGGUGGCUUCAAGGCAAGCGUGCCCAAUCUGGAGGACGUGGUUGUCAUGGAGGGAGUGAGCCACUUCAUCAACCAGGAGAAACCUAACGAGGUCUCCGAUCACAUCUGCAAGUUCUUUAGCAAGUUCUGAUAUAUAUGUAAGCAAAAUCUUAAGGAGCCUAUGUGCUUCCGAGCUAUUUAUAUGUCGAAUAGGGCUGCGAGUGUCACCGUACUAAUAUGAUCUAAAUAAAGUUAUCAUCUAUCUUUCA